AUCAUGGCGGCGAGCAUAGAGACUUUAUUGAGUGAAAUCUCGGAGCUAGAGGAUCCUAUUGACGAGUUAAAAAGUCUUAGGACCGCUGUGUUCUCCAUACCCCUGAGUGCUUUACGAGAUACACCAUGUUGCACUCGGCUGGAUGUGAUUUUUGCGCGCCUGAACACCACUGACAGAGAGCAAAUCGACGUGUGUGUGGAGGUUUUGGGUCGUGUUCUACAGGCUGUGGACCCAGUUCAUGUGGCCCAGAACUGCAGGUCUGAGCUACAGAUUGGACUGAACCAUCCGCAUCACGCUGUUAAAGUACUCACGCUCACUCAGAUUGGGCGGAUUGUGGGGAAUUCUGAAGCUGUCACUCAAAUUCUGAACAGUCCAGAGAUUCUGCGAAAUGUAAUCCAUUGUAUCCGAGAAGAGAAAAUGUCUGUGGCGAAAGAGGCCAUCUCUGCGCUGUGUAAACUGAGCAACAGCAAAGCUGGGUUGGAUGCUCUGUUUCGUUCUGACCUACUCAAAGAACUCAAACGUGUGAUGUCCACCAGUGACAUCAUCAGAUACAGAGUCUACGAGUUGAUAGUAGAGAUAUCAUCUGUAUCUCCAGUCUCUCUUGGUUAUUGUGCUGAUAGUGGUUUCCUAUCUCAGCUGCUUGGAGAACUGACAGGAGACGAUGUACUGGUCAGGGUGACUGCUGUGGAGAUGGUGACAAAUCUUGCUCAGAGUCAACAUGGCAGACAGUAUCUGUCCCAGCAGGGCAUUAUGGACAAAAUCUCCAACAUGAUCAUCGCUGCUGAGUCAGACCCCUUCUCUAGCCUCUAUUUACCAGGGCUGGUGAAGUUUUUUGGGAACCUGGCAAUCAUGGACAGUCCACAGCAGGUGUGUGAAAACUACCCAGCAUUUCUCAGCACUGUGUUUUCCAUGGCGAUGAACUCUGAUCCAACGCUUACCCCUGUGGCUCUGGACACACUCGGGGUUUUGGGCAGCACAGUGGAAGGCAAACAAGUCCUGCACAAAACAGGUGAGAAGUUUAAGUCGGUUUUGAAAAGGAUCAGUCAGUUGGCAAGAGAUGGCGCCACUGAGCUCAGAGUCCGCAGUCUGGAGGCCCUCGCCCUUUUGCUCACACUGCCUGUGGAACAGCAGACAGAUGACCUGUUGUUGUUGACUGAGUCCUGGUUCAGCUGUCUGAGCUCUCAGCCCAUGGAUAUGAUCAGAAACAUCAGUUCUCAGCCUUUCCCUGAGCUGCACUGUGGAGCAUUACGCAUCUUCUCUGCCAUUGCGUGCCAGCCGUGGGGGCAGCGGCUGAUGGUGGCGACUCCGGGAUUUGUGGAAUGGGUUGUGGAUCGUUCAGUGGGUGUUGGAAAAGAGGCGAAGGACUGUAAGUUUGAGCUGGUGGGGGCGCUGUUGAGUUCCUCCAGCACCCAAGAGAUAAUGGGUGCCCAAACAUACCUACGACUGAGGACGUACCUAAAGGAGGGACCAUACUACGUCAACGCCGUGUCAUCUGUCACCACAGAGGGAGCGGACUGAGAAACAAAACCAAACACAUACAUACAACACAUGUUCACGUACAGCCUAAAAACACAGACAUGUACCACGACCACAGAACGAACCAACAGACACAGCAGAACUUUGAGUGAAACUGGAAACAAGAGUUUUUCAGCCAACUGCAUUCCUUUAUCAUUCUUCACUAUCUCUCUAUCAGAUCAUCUCUCAUCCAGGUGGUGUGGCCUUUCAUCAGUCUAUUAGUCCUAGCACCGUUUAGCAAAACAUACAAACAUACAGAAUAGUAAU